AUGACUUCACAGACAACAAUAACAAGUGCCGACUAUGGUGUAACCAGCGAUGGACGCAAAGUUACUAGGUACACUUUAACAAAUGUCAAUGGCCUAGUCGUUAAAAUAAUUGACUUUGGAGGGGCCAUAACAGAAAUCCAUGUCCCCGAUAGGGAUGGGAAGCUAGAUGAUGUCAACUUGGGAUUUGACACUUUUGCAGAGUAUGAAGUUAACAGGCCUCAUUUUGGAGCUUUGAUUGGUCGCGUUGCCAACCGGAUUGCUGGAGCACAGUUCACAUUGGAUGGUCAAACAUAUAAGUUGUUUGCCAACAACGGACCAAACUGCUUGCAUGGGGGACAAGUUGGCUUUGACAGGAAACUCUGGGAAUCAAAGGUGAAGGAUGACAAACUGAUCCUGACAUAUGUGAGCGCUGAUGGAGAAGAAAACUUCCCAGGUGAGCUGACCCUCACUGUAGUGUACUCGCUGGACGACACUGAUUCCUUAACACUUGAUUACACGGCAACAACCACUAAGAAAACCCCAGUCAACUUUACCAACCACUCAUACUUCAACUUGGCAGGCCAUGCUGCAGGCCAUAUUAAUGAUCAUGUGAUCACGAUACCUGCCAACAGUUUUCUGCCACUGGAUCAGUAUUCCAUUCCUACAGGUGAAAUCAAGGCUGUGGCAGGAACUGAGCGUGAUCUGCGGACACCAGUUCGUCUUGGGGAUCGCCUGACCCAGGUGCCUGGUGGAAUUGGUUUUGAUAACAACUUCUGUCUGGACAACAAUGGGGAGUUUGUUCUUGCUGCUAGAGUGGACCACCCACCCACAGGACGAUACUUGGAGGUGAGAACAACUGAACCAGGCAUCCAGUUCUACACUGCUUACUACCUGACUGAUGUGACUGGCAAGGGAGGAGUCCCCUAUCAGAGAUUUGGGGCUUUUUGUCUAGAAGCUCAACAUUACCCUGACAGUGUGCAUCAACCCAGCUUUCCCAAUUCAUAUCUGAACCCAGGAGAGACCUACACUCAGAAGACUGUCUACAAAUUUGGAGCCUCCUAA